AUGGCAGCGGGGUACCAGUACAGGCCCAACGGCGGCGGCGGCGCCGCGCUGCCGGAUCCCGCCUUCCUGUGGAACGUCUUCCAGAGGGUUGAUAAAGAUAGGAGUGGAAUAAUAUCUGAUAAUGAGCUUCAGCAGGCAUUAUCCAAUGGCACCUGGACUCCAUUUAAUCCAGCAACAGUCAGGUCAAUUCUUGGCAUGUUUGACAGAGAAAACAAAGGAGGUGUGAACUUCAAUGAAUUCACAGGCGUCUGGAAGUACAUCUCAGACUGGCAGAAUGUCUUUCGAACGUAUGACAGAGACAAUUCUGGCAUGAUUGACAAAAAUGAACUAAAGCAAGCACUAACAGGUUUUGGUUAUCGACUGUCUGAUCAAUUCUACGAUAUCCUUAUUCGGAAAUUUGACAGACAAGGACGAGGACAAGUUGCUUUUGAUGACUUUAUUCAGUGCUGUGUUGUUCUACAGAGGCUGACUGAUGUGUUUCGACGGUACGACACUGAUCAAGAUGGCUGGAUUCAGGUGUCCUAUGAGCAGUAUCUUUCCAUGGUCUUCAGCAUUGUAUGACACUGAUAGCUAGAAACUGCACAUUGGCUUUAGAGACUGGAGUUGCCAAACCCUAAUGUACUGAAUAAGAUUAUUGGUGUAUCAUAAUGGAUAUAAUUUCACAUUCUUAAAUUUUGUAUGUUGGCCAUCACCUUCAGAAUCUGUACUUGAGUUGUUUUUUAUUUUGUAUUACUGUACAGUAUGACCAUCUCUGCUUACUGUAGCACAGAAAGCACAGAAUCUAGAUUUAACUGGUGCAAUGUCAACCUUAACCUUCUUCCACAUAUCCUGCAUGGGAAAAAUGAUUCUUUAGAAAUGCCAAAUUAAAAUAAUGCUUGUUAGUUUGUAAGAGAAUGGAAAGUCAGAAGUUGCACAACAUGUUUUGCAUGUGCCUUACUUUUA